AGCGGCUGCUCCUUUACUUCCACUCCCCGCUCCCAGGAAGCGACACGGAGGCUCGGAGAGCGCUCACAAACGCGCACAUCCACCAGGACGGAAAGAGGCGGAGGACGGCUAAUGGAGGCGAUGAGGGCGGCGGCGAUGACUGGAGGAGAAACGAGGCUCCGGAGCUUCGGUUUAAAGCCGGAGCUGUGAGCGCUGAGGUCUGCCUUUAUUGUGUGCUGAGUGGCGCAGGAGAAAAGGAUGCCUCCGCGGCCGCGCACACGCCUCCCGCUCCUCUCGACAAACUCGAUCAUUUCCCGACUCGAAGCGGAUCGUCUGCCCUCUCAGGAGGAGGGUUUGUGGGUGAGGAGCGCGCUGAUUUCUGAGGGACUCCGUCCACCAUGCUGCCCGCUCAGGAUCCAUGAAAACUCUCAAUGAAAACAAGGAGAAGGAGGAGGAGGAGGAGGGGUCCGGCUGCAGCGCCAUGGAGGACAAGGAGAACAAUCUGAAAACGGCCAGGCUGUGGAGGGAUGCCGCCCUCCGCUCCAGGAAGCUGCGGAGCAACCUGAGGCAGCUCACUCUCUGCUCCAAAAACAACCAGAUCAUCCUGCCAGAGGACAUAGCCGACAUCGAGGCGCUCAACCUGGGGAACAACUCCCUGCAGGAGCUGCCGGACGGCCUGGGAUCCUCCCUGAACAACCUGCGCGUCUUGGUCCUCCGCAGGAACAAGUUCAGCUCUGUCCCUAGGGUAGUGUUUGAGCUGGGGCGGCUGGUGGAGCUCGACAUGAGCCACAACUGUUUGAGGAGCCUUCCUGAGGGCGUGGGGCAGCUGAGAGGGCUGAAGAAGUUGUGCAUCAGCCACAACAAAAUCCAGCACCUGCCAGCUCAGAUCGGAGCUCUGCAGUCUUUGGAGGAGCUCGACAUGAGCUUUAACGACCUGCACGAUUUCCCCAGGUCGUUCUCCGGCCUCGCCCACCUGCGAACUCUGGAUGCAGAUCACAACAAGCUGAACCAGUUUCCCCCCGAGAUCAUGGCCCUCAGUGAGCUGGAGGAGCUCGACUGCUCUGGGAAUAAGUUUGAGGUGUUACCGGUGGACGUUCGGAAGCUGCAGUCCAUCAAAAUCCUGUGGCUCAGCAGCCUCCACAUGUCCUCCUUACCCCACACUUUCUGUCACCUGCAGCACCUGGAGAGCCUGAUGUUGGACGGGAACCACCUCAGAGAGCUGCCCCCCUCCUUCGGCAGCCUGCAAAGACUCAAAAUGCUCAAUCUGUCCUCAAAUGACUUUGAAAACUUUCCCCAGGUUAUUUUGAGCAUAACGGGAUUAGAGGAGCUUUACCUGAGCAGGAAUAGACUGAUUCAUAUUCCAGAGGAAAUCGGCCAGCUGGGGAAGCUGGUGAACCUGUGGCUGGACAAUAACAGCAUCACAUAUCUGCCUGACUCCAUCGUGGAGCUGGAGAAUCUGGAGGAGCUCGUUUUACAGGGUAACCAAAUAGCCAUUCUUCCAGAUAAUUUUGGAAAGCUUUCCAAAGUGAACAUUUGGAAAGUGAAGGAUAACCCUCUGAUCCAGCCACCGUACGAGGUGUGCAUGAAGGGAAUCCCAUACAUCGCAGUGUAUCAGAAGGAGCUUGCACACUCUCAGUUUGCCGUGAAGCCGCGGCUCAAACUGGUCCUGAUGGGGACCCAAAACGCAGGGAAAACCCGGCUGAGGCAGAGCCUGGUGAGCACGCAGCAGGACGCCAGCAGUAACCAGGGAAACAAAGGAAUUGAAGUCACCAACUGGGUGGCAGACGCUGAUCGCCACCUCACGUUCCUUGUGUAUGACCUGUCAGGGAAGCAAAACUACGACCUGAUCAAACCCUUCUUUCUCUCCCCCGGUGCUCUCUACAUUCUCGUCAUCAACCUCAAAACGUACUCGCCCAAGAACUUUUACACCCAUGUUGGGUAUUUCCUUCACCUGCUCUGCGCCAAAGUGCCCCAUGCUGUAGUCUGCUUGGUGGGCACGCACACAGACCUGUGUGCGGAGGUGGAGGUGGAGGAGAAGACUCUGGACAUCCACAGGCAGAUUGGCCUGCAGGAGAAGAGGGACAUCCAGAGUUUAAGGGGGCUGGCACUGCAGGUGGACCAGGCUCUGGAGCAGGGCUACAACGUCCGCACCUCCAGCCCUCACAUCCUCUUUUACGGUGUCACUGACAAAAACCUGAGGCGCCGAAAAGCCCAGCUGCAGUACAUGCUGAACCACCGGCUGCAGAUCCUCUCUCCUGUCCUGAGAGUUUGCUGCACAGGUGCUCAGAGGAACAUCCCAAGGCUGAGGGAGAAGCUCAUGUCCGUUGCAGAACACAGGGAGAUCUUCCCCAACCUCCAUCGUGUGCUGCCAAAGUCCUGGCAGAUGCUGGAGGAGCUGCACUUUAAGCCCAAAGACCUGUGGCUCUCGUGGUGGGACUCAGCCCGGCUGGGCCUGCAGGCAGGGCUCACUGAGGACCGGCUGCAGAGCGCUUUAUCCUACCUGCACGAGAGUGGGAAGCUGCUCUACUUUGAGGACAGCCUCACGCUAAGGGAAUACGUUUUUCACAAUCUUCCACGAUUCAUCGCAAUUCUCAAUGUAUUCUUCCAGAGGGAUGAGUCCACCCUGCUGGACCGGCUCCUCUCUGAAGGGGAGAGGGGGGACAAGGGGCGAGUGAGUCUGGUCAUAGAGGACGAGAAGGGAGAGAACCUCAGGGUCACCCAUCUGCAGCACCACGUUGAGGGCUUCCUCCAGCAUGGACUCCUACCCUCUAAUGUCAUCCGCUUGCUCCUCAGACCGCUCAUCCAGACCCAGCAGGACCUCCAUCUCAUCAUGGAGCUACUGGAGAAAAUGGGGAUCUGCUAUUGCAUAAACAAACCCCGCAGCAAGCCUCUGAAUGGCGCGACUGUGUGGUACAAGUUCCCCAGCUACGUCAGCAGCGAGGAGGUCCAGGUGGAUGCUUCAGCCGGCGGGAGCUCUCUGCCUCUGUGUAACUUCUUCUCUGUGGAGCAGCUGCACAUCCAGUACAGUUUCCCUUUCCUGUUUCCUCCUGGAUUGUUCGCACGCUUCAGCGUGCAGAUCAACAGCCACGUGGUGCAGCGUUCAGACAGCAAGCACCAGAUCUUCGCUUAUCGGGGUAAAGUUCCCGUGGUGAUCAGCCACCGGCCUGCCAAAGGAAAGCUGCAGGUGGAGACUCUUUCCAUCGCCAGCCACGCCUCACUGCCCAACAUCUGGACUGCCUGGCAGGCCAUCACUCCACUGGUGGAGGAGCUGAACAUGCUGCUGCAGGAGUGGCCCGGUCUGCACUACUCUGUACAUGUUCUCUGUUCCAAGUGCCUCAAGAGAGGGUCGUCCAACCCACACGCCUUCCCAGGUGAGCUGCUGAGCCAGCCGCGGCCCGAAGGCCUCACCGAGAUCGUCUGUCCAAAGAAUGGCUCGGAGCGGGUCAACGUGGCCCUCGUUUACCCCCCGACCCCCACCGUGCUCAGCCCCUGUCUCAAAUGAAGCCCCGCCCACCCAUCUACACCGACCUGGCUCGUCUUCACUGCGUCACCAGAGCCUCCACCUCCGACCUCCGGCUUCCAUCGUCUGUCACCUUUCUGAGCCACCAACCACCACUUCGCGUCCUCCACAGUCAGAGCGAGCGGCUCGACGGGUCUCUGCUUCACGUGUACGUCAGUAAUUACAGAACACAGCAGCGAAGGUCUCUGACGCCUCUUCACGUCGCACUGAGCGGUAUCUGAAGAGCUUCAGUGAGCCCGACGCGAUCCACACAGUCUGUAGCAUCUAAUGAGGGUUCCUCCUCCUCGGUCCCGUUACCGAGUCGCGCUGCUUCACACGUUUCUCUCUGAACAGUAACGCCCACUUCCUCCUGUGUGAAUCUACGGCUGUAAAGACUGAAGGACAUUUGGAUUUUCACUUAUUUCGUACAGUUUGUCGGGAGGAGUCUGUGAAACUGAGGUUCGGGUCGCCGCUGGAGACACAGAGCGACUCUGAUCACGACGCGCUCUGCGGGAGAUCUCAGGUGAUGAUGGGACAGACGCAGUUACAGCAUCAACGCUGUAUCAAGCAUCAGGAAGUGUUCAUUUCACACAGACAAUGGAAAAUAUCAGCAACUCACACAUGACUGUGAGAAAAUAAUGGGAAAUAAUGCUUACCAAUGGGAAACAGUGGGAUUUAAUGGUUAGCAAUACAAAAAUACAAAAGCAAUGGGAAAACAAUGCAAAGCAGUGGGAACAACGGCUAACAAUGGGGAUAAAUGGAUAAUAACGUUUCACAAUUAGAAAAUUGAUGGAAAUUAAAGGUAACAAUUACAAAACUAUUAUGGGUUCAAAAUGCAGAAAUCGUGAAAAUUAAUGAUUCACAAUUUAAAAAUGAGGUUACUAGCUAACAGUGUAGAAACUGUUAGCUGUGCAGAAAUAAUGAGAAUUACUGUUUCACAAUUAGAAAACAUUGUAAAUGAUUGGUGAUGGGCUCUGUUAGCUCUGGGAGAAUGGGGAUGAGCUAACGGGGAAACGCAUAAGUCUUAAAACCACAGGUGACAAAAACAGCAGGAAGUUCAACCAUUUUUCCUCUGGCGUGUUUUACCCUAUUAGUGACCUUAAUUAAUAAAUGAACUUAAGUUCAUGAAAUAAGUAAAAAAACAAAGUUGUAGAAGCUCUGAGAGCAUCAGGGCUUUGAGGGGGACAUUUUUUCUUUUACUGUCUCUCCUUCUCUGAUGUUCAUCAAAUUAGGUUCAGUUCAUCUCCCAUGAAACCCAUGAAAAAAGCAGCACUAGUAGGACCAUGUAGCCGUUCACUGAACAUUUCUUUUUUUGUUAUUAUCUCGUGAAUAUAUUUCUCCUAAAACAUUUCGGGCUGGGACAACAACAGUCACACAAUCACAUAUUAUCAUGUGUGCAACUAUAAACACAAUCACAGUGUUUAACCGUGUGACACAAACAUUAUUCACGACACACUGUAACAGAACUGAACAGGUAACGAGGUUUUAGAGAGAAUUUAUUUAAAAAAAUAAAAUAAAAAAAAUUGAAGAUGAUGAAACUGAUUUUUUUCAGCCGUGAGAAACAGGAAUGCUGAGUGUGGAGAUCCUCUGACUGAGCUGCUCAAACAUUUCCACAGUGUGGGGUGUGCAAUGGUGUGGGACUGCUGAGGUUUCGGAGCCUGUGGUCUGCACUCGCUCUCAGACACACUGUGAUGAACACACUGAUGUGAAGGUAGCAGAUGAGCCUUCGGGCCGAGGAUGUGGCACGUGUACAGAUAUUUGUGCGUCUUCUAAUGAAACCACAGUGAUUUCUACAUGUUGAACUUCUUUUCACUGUCUGAUGAAAACACUGACACGUGCUGAUGGGAAAAUGUUGUUGUUUGUAAAUAAUAUCUUUAUUUUUGUAUGUUGGCCUGAGGUGUCGUCACUCGAGCUUUGACUUUCUUUACAGUGCAAUGAUGUGCAUGACUCACUGUGAGGCUGCACACGGGGUUUUCUAUGUAGCUCCGUCCAGCGUCUCACAGUUCAUCAUGAAAUACCAAAUAAACAAUGACUGCUUUAA